AUGGCCUGUUACAUCGUUCCUUAUCACUACAAUCCCGUCUCGUCUCGUCGUCUCAGCAGAAAAUUCAUAACUCAUCAUCGCCACCGAUUUUGCGGCGGCAAGCUCUUGAAGACAACAAGACUCAUGGUUCCUCGAAGCUCCGCCAUUAGCGACGGUGGUGUCAAUUACAAUACCUUAGUCUCCGAGGCUGUGAGGCUUUUGGUGCCACAAGCAAACUUCGAUUCCUCAAAGCUCAAAGUUGAAUUCUUGGGGGAUUUACUGGAGAAGAAGACUAGCAAUAGCAGCAAGAUUAUUACCCCACGGACAUAUAUACUUUCCCACUGUGACUUCACCGCUAACUUAACCUUAACCAUCUCAAACGUCAUCAACCUCGAUCAGCUAGAAGGAUGGUACAAGAAAGACGACGUGGUUGCUGAGUGGAAGAAGGUGAAAGACGAGCUGAGAUUGCACAUUCACUGUUGUGUUAGCGGCCCGAGUUUGUUGCAAGAUGUGGCUGCUGAACUUAGAUAUCACAUCUUCUCCAAGGAACUUCCUUUGGUGCUAAAAGCUGUGAUCAAUGGAGAUUCAGUUAUGUUUAGAGAAAACCCUGAGCUAAUGGAUGCGUAUGUAUGGGUUUAUUUCCAUUCAAGCUCACCUAAAUACAACCGGAUCGAGUGUUGGGGACCUCUCAAGGAUGCUUCAAAGGGGAAACAGAAAGGCAAUCAUCAAGGCUUGUUGAGUUCUUCUUCAAGGAAAUUGAUGCAGCCUAAGUCUAUUUUUCAUACCUUAUUUACGUUUCUUCUGUGA